AUGAAUAGAAGCCGCUCGCUGGCUUCAUUUUUGAGGCCCGGAAAGGAGUCUCUCCAGGGUCGCCAUGUCCAAGCAACCCGCCGCGUCUCGACCUCCGCGCCGAAGCUUGUCGCGAUGCCCAAGGACGCCCAGAACAUGAGAAUGGCCCCCCGUGACCAUAUUGGCGAGCUCAAGGCGCCAAUUGUCAACCCCGCCGACAAGUACCAAAGCAAGGCCGACAACAUGCACCGCUAUGGCGCCUGGUUGAUGGGUUGCCUUCCGAAAUACGUCCAGCAGUUCUCCGUCUGGAAGGACGAGCUUACCAUCUACAUUUCUCCUUCUGGCGUCAUUCCCACCUUUACAUUUCUCAAGUACAACACCUCGGCCGAAUUUACGCAGGUCAGCACCGUUACUGCUGCCGACUAUCCAACCCGCGACAAGCGAUUCGAGGUAGUGUACAACCUACUCUCUGUCCGCCACAACUCCCGCAUUCGAGUCAAAACCUAUGCGGACGAAACAUCUGCUGUUCCCAGCAUCACUAGUCUCUUUGAUGGCGCCAAUUGGUACGAGCGUGAAGUCUACGACUUGUACGGCGUCUACUUCACCGGCCACCCCGAUCUCCGCCGAAUCAUGACCGACUACGGUUUCGAGGGCCAUCCCCUUCGCAAAGAUUUCCCCUUGACCGGAUAUACCGAGAUUCGAUACGAUGAGGAGAAGAAGCGCAUCGUCACGGAGCCUCUAGAGCUCACUCAAGCUUUCCGCAACUUCGAGGGCGGUUCAAGUGUGUGGGAGCAGGUGGGCAAGGGAGAGGACCGUAAACCGGAAUCUUUCAAGCUACCUACGCCGAAGCCGGAGGAAAAGAAAGAGGAGCCCAAGAAAUAG